AUGCCUUUCGAAUCAUUGUUUACCAAUCCAAACCCGCCGGUCGAACGUUCCAAGUCAAUCUUAUCGCGCUUCUCAAAUCCUUUGACCACUCGAGCAGCCAAGCUCUUCGACCUGGAAAUUCACCCGGAGCAUCCGCAUAAGACAUACAGGCCGGGAGACAGUGUCAAGGGGCAGAUUACGCUUAGUGUGUUCAAAGGCUUCGACAUCACCCACCUAGCUAUAUCGUUGCAUGGCUAUGCCCGUGUCUUCAAGCACCAGUGCACGCCUGGUGAGGCCAAGAUACCACCCGACCAGCUGAUUAAUGGAAAAGGAUCUCAUGGCUUCGAAUAUUUUGGCAAUGGUACUGCAUCGCUUUUCCAGGACGAGCAGGUCUUGUGCGGGUCGGGUUUCUUGAAGAAGCAGGUCUACAAGUUUGGGUUCGAAUUGCAGUUCCCAGCCUACAGCCUUCCGAGUACUCUCGUGUUUGAGCGGGGUGUUGUCAAUUACAUGAUCUCUGCAACCGUAACCCGUCCUGUUACCAUCGGUGCGACCACGAACAAAAUUUACAAGGUCGACUUCAAGGACCGUAUCGAUAUCGAAUCUAUGUACACGCCAAAAUCUCGAGCAAUAUAUUUGGAACCUAUGUCGAGACUUGGAAAAGUGAAAAAGGUCAAACAACCACAUUCGGCAGGCACACAGUCGACAUCUAUAACAGCACAAGACACUCCUUCAACCAGAACAUUGUCCAGACAAAAUACCUCCAACAGCACUCGAACACGCUCGAGCACUGUCUUGCUUCAGGCUCCGCCUCUCAGUCCAUCUCCUAGUGAGGAUACUGUGGCGACAAACGCAACCACGAGCACGCCUAGUCUUCACAUAGUGGACAGAGAAUCAGCAGACCAGCCGAAGCGCAGUGACGAUAGUGCCCCUCGUUCGAGUACCACGUCGAACUCUGCGCAUACUAUCUCAGCUACAGCACAAAUUCAACGGCAUGGUGCAUUACCUGGAGACUAUCUACCUGUGCGCGUCCGGGUUGAGCACACAAAGCCUGUACGUGGUGUAGUGAUAGCCACGCUAUAUCGAGUUGGACGGAUAGACAUGCUGCCAACCCUACCGAUUGCUAAUCGUUACAAGGACAAGAAACCAGAAUACGAGGAUGUCUAUCCAAAGUCCAAGACUGGUCUGGGAGGACUCUAUUUUACUAAUGGAGCUCCAAACAUGGCCUUUCGCAAUGACUUGACACAAAAAUCCACUAUGAUGGUUGUCAACCCACACACAAAGACUGCGGACGUGAACUUUAAGGUCCGCAUACCAAACGAAGAGGUCGCGUUUCCGACCAUGGAUAACAUUCAGGGUGGCAUGAUUUCUUUUACCUAUCACCUCGAAGUCGUAAUCGAUCUGACUGGCAAGCUGGGGGAAUCGCGCCUUCUGCCAAGUCUAACCACUAAUGGACCAACCUUUUCAAAGGCAGCGGACGAUCGCCGGAACUUGACUCAUGAGUGGACGGACAUCAACAUACUUGAUACUGCUCCAUUACGACGAACCAAGAAUGUCGCAACGUUCGAGCUGCCCCUCAUUGUUGGGACUGAUGACUCCGGCAGAGCCAGAAGGACCAACCUUCAGCGUGAAUAUUCGUAUCAUGACAGAGAAGCUGGAUUCGGAGGCUCAGAUCCUGACGGAUAUGGCAUCGAGUGGCAGUCGAAUGGCCACAACGGCUAUGAAGAACAUUACGAUUACUAUGGGUAUGAUCCUAACGGCUGGUACGAUGAGUACGGCAACCUGGUAUACGACAACUAUCACGAUCACUACCAAUCCCUACACUAUCCUCCGGAUACAAACGACCCAUACCACAACCGCUCGACCUAUCAAUAUCAACCCCCUCCUCCCGAGCCGGAAGAGCACAUCGACGAGAAGUCGCGAUUGAGACGUCAAGAAGAGCUGCUACUGCCGAGUCAGCCGCCAGAAGCAGAACCUUCUUCGAGUCGGUCGGCGACAUUAGCACCGUCCGCGCCGGUGCUUGACAACGAUGGUGUGCCAGCUUCAAACCAUACUCAACCAUCCAUUCCAAUUACAAUCUCUCGCGCAUCGGCGCGCUCAGGAGAUACAAUCGUGCCAGACCCACUUACACCACCUCCAAGCUUACCGACUCCUACAGAAGACAAGCAAGAGCUUGAGAGACGAAGGCUCGAAGCACAAGCGAGUGCACCGCCUUUGGACGACGACAGCCCGUCUGGAUCGAGCCACACCAGGUCUACGGACGCACCGUCAGCACCUGUGAUAGAUGAUGAGGCUGAGUACAUUGUCCAAGUAUUAAAUAUGGAUGCAAACGAUACUCUGCCUCAAUAUCGCAGGUGA